AUGGAACUUGAAGAUAGUAGUGACGAUGAAAUUACUUUAGACAUUUCCAUAUUUAAAGACAUUCAACCUACAAUAGUGCCCAUAGCUCCCGUCUGUUCGAUCAAUUACUCUGACAAGUUCAAAGAAGCGAUGUCAUAUUAUCGAGCUAUAAUGGCGCGCGACGAGUUAUCCGACCGAGCUCUUCUUCUCACAGGUGUGAUCAUUCAAAUGAAUAGUGCGGAUUACACUGCGUGGUAUUAUCGUCGUCGUAUAUUAAAGAGCAAGCCAUCCUUCAACACAUCUGAUGAGUACGACUUCAUUUCAAAGUUAGGUGAUCACAUCUGUAAGAAUUAUCAAGUGUGGGGUCAUCGUCAGUACUUAGUUUCUUUGACAAAUGAUUAUGUCAAAGAGUUAGAGUUCACCGGUAAGAUGUUAGAAGAUGACAACAAGAAUUAUCACUGUUGGAGUCAUCGGGUGUGGGUUUGUAACAAAUUCAAUUGUUGGGCGGGGGAGUUGGAAUACACUGAAAAGAUGAUCGACGCUGAUGUCCGCAACAAUUCCGCCUGGAGUCACAGAUUUUACACUUUGAAAGUCUUAGGGUUCCUCAACGACUCCGAAAAAUUACCCAACGAGCUUCGUCUGAUCGAAAAAACUCUUCACAAAGCCUCAAACAAUGAAGCUGUUUGGACUUAUUUGACUGGUUUAUAUGAAAAAUCCACAAACACUAUUUUCAAAGACCAGUGCAAAGCUUUCAUCAAAAAAAUCGUCGACGAACGUCAGUUUUGUGUCUACGCAAA